UUUCCAUGUGGUGUGUUUCACGUGUACACAGAAAUCUCAAAGGAACUUCAAAUUGUGAAUGAAAUGGCUCAGCUAAGAGAAGAUGAUACAGCGGAUGUUGUAGAUAAUGUUGUGGCCAAAAAAGAGAAGAAGAGUAAAGACAAGAAAAAGAAAAAAGAGAAAAAAGAUAAAGAAAGAAAACGAAAAGCAGAAGCUGCAGAAGUUGAAGAGAAUUGUGAAGUGUCCCCUAAGAAAGCAAAAACUGAAAUAAAUGGAAAACAAUCCUCGAAAAAGGCAAAAACAACAGAGGAGGAGGAGACCCCACCAUCCAUAGAUCUUCCAGAACUGACCCAAGAGCAACAAGAUGGAGCUUUCAGUAAAUUCAGGAUAUCUAAUCCAAUGGUUGAAAAAUUACAGGGGCGCGGUGUGACAUACUUAUUUCCAAUCCAAGCACAGACAUUCGAUCAUGUUUAUGAUGGCUUUGAUGUCAUUGCUCAAGCCAGAACUGGAACUGGUAAAACAUUAUCAUUUGCCCUACCACUGGUAGAGAAGCUGCAGUUAGAGGGGACCAAGGGGAAGCAUGGAAGACCACCCAAGGUUUUGGUGAUGGCCCCCACCAGAGAGCUAGCAAAGCAAGUCAGUGAAGACUUUGAGUCCAUAACAGAGACCCUGAAGGUGUUCUGUAUAUAUGGAGGUACAGCCUUUGCUCCCCAGGAGCAAGCCAUCAGGAAGGGUCUGGACAUUCUAGUGGGGACACCUGGCCGUAUCCUGGACUAUGUCCGCAAGGGAACGCUGGACCUGGCCCACCUGAGGCACGUGGUCCUGGACGAGGUGGACAGGAUGCUGGACAUGGGGUUCACGGAGUCCGUGGAGGAAAUAUUACAGGCAGCGUACAAGACAGGUGGUGUAGCUGAUGCCCUGGCUGGCAGUCCAGAUACCCCCCAGACCCUGCUGUUCUCAGCCACCCUGCCCCCCUGGGUUCACAAGACAGCCCAGAAGUACAUGAAGGGAGACGUGAAACACGUGGACUUGAUUGGUAAUCAAGACAUCAGGACUGCCACCACUGUCCAGCACAUGGCUAUUAAGUGUGGGUACCAGGACAGAGCAGCCACCAUAGGGGCUGUCAUACAGGUGUACAGUGGGAACCACGGCAGAGCCAUGGUCUUCUGUCAGACCAAGAGGGACGCUGAUGAGCUGGCCGUCAGCUCUGACAUCAAAGUGGAGGCCCAUGUCCUCCACGGGGACGUUCCACAGGAGAAGAGAGAGAUGGUGCUGAAGAAAUUCAGAGAAGGGAAGUACCGUUGCCUGGUAACCACAGAUGUAGCUGCGCGUGGUCUGGACAUCCCAGAGGUGGACCUGGUCAUCCAGUGCAGUCCGCCCAAGGACGUGGAGUCGUACAUUCACAGGUCUGGCAGGACCGGCAGAGCAGGGAGAGAGGGCGUCUGUAUCUGCUUUUAUAAAUUCCAGGAGGAGAGGGAUCUGCAGUGGGUGGAGCAUAAAGCAGGAAUAAAGUUUAAAAGGAUUGGUGGCCCCACCCCAAAUGACAUCAUUAAAGCAGCAGCUAAAGAUGCAGCAAGGUCUUUGGAUGAUGUCGGAGAAGAGACCCUCCAAAAUUUCACUUCCUCGGCCAGGGAGUUGAUAGAGGAGAAGGGGGCAGAGAGGGCGCUGGCGGCAGCUCUGGCGGUCAUCUCAGGGAGUACUAAUAUUGUCGCCAGAUCUCUGUUAACUUCUCAGGAGGGUUACACCACAUAUAUUUUCCGCACCAACAUUGAGAUGCGCGGCACAGGUUAUGCAUGGAGAGGCAUAGAGCAGCAGCUCACUCCUGACAUGAAGGAGAGCAUCAAGGGAAUGAGAAUGUGCAAAGAUAGAAUGGGGUGUGUGUUUGACCUGCCAUCAGAACACGACGAGUUCAUAGCCCAGAACUGGCAGGAUGGGAGAUAUGACAGCUUGACUGUGGCCACAGAGCUGCCUGAAAUACUGGACAGUGCUGGGGGAGGGGGCGGCCAGUACGGGAGUGGACAGGGGAGGGGCUUCCAGAGAAACGGAAGUUUCAACGGAGGUCAGAGAAAUGGAUUUGGUAACAGAGGACGAUUUGGAGAUAGAGGGCGAGGUCAAGGUCGCGGCAGGGGUCAAGGACGAGGUCGGGGAUAUCAAAGAGGAGGAUUCAGAAGCUUUGGAGCUAGUAAUGGGACUCCCCAAAAUAAGAAAACGACUUUUGAUGACUGAUUUUCUCUCUCAGGUACAAAUAAGACAUGGAGAUCAGUCUUUGCUGCCCCCCACUCAGCACUUAUUUAUUUAAUAAAUGGUGGGACAUGUUUUCUGAUGUAAAUAAAGUCACACAGAAAGAUUGGUGCAAAAUUUGAAAAAAAUUGGCCGCCCAGAGUUGUCUACAUAUUGUUAAAACUCGGAUUUGUUGACUUUGGCAAUAAAAUAUACUAUUGUCCCUGUAUAAAUAAACUAAUUUAUAACUAAAACAAUGUUGCAAUUUACAGUUUAUAAAAGUAAGUUAUAUGUUUAUCCAUAUUGUACAUUUUAUCUGUAUUACUUGAUAAUCUUCAUUAUGAAGUAUGAAUGGUAAAAAAUUCUGCAUGGAAUAUGCUAGCUGUAAAAUAAAGCAAGCUCAGAAAAUAAACUCCAUGAACAUUU